UACCCGCAGAAGCGACUCGAAGGAAAGGAGGAAAGGAAACAUGUCUGUCCUUGUCGUCCCUUUCUUGUUCUAAAUGCCUUUUGCCCCGAUGGCUGCCAGUUAAAAGGGGCCAGCAUUUCACCGGGCUUCCCAAAAUAUGAAGUUGUGCCUGCUUUGUGAGCAGCACGAAGGGAAAUAUCACAUCGGCGAGGGCGAGGUGGCGCUCAGGCUUUGACUCCUCGAGCACCAUGCGACGGGCCUGGCUAUUGCUGGCCGCUCUGUGGCUUCUGUCUGAGCUUUCGGUCAUCACAGUCCAGGCGGCGCCAUGCCAGACCUGCUGGAAACUUGCGGAGAGAUUCAUCAAGGGUUUGGAGAGAACGGCCAACAAGAACUUCGGGGGAGGCAACACAGCCUGGGAGGAAGACAAAUUGGCAAAGUAUGCACACAGCGAGACUCGUCUCCUGGAGAUCGUGGAGACUGCAUGCGACAAGUCCGACUUUGAAUGCAACCAACUGCUGGAGCAGAUAGAGGACCAGGUGGAGACAUGGUGGUUCCACAGGCAACAGGAGGCGCCAGACCUGUUGGAGUGGCUGUGCAUAGAGCAGCUGAGACUCUGCUGUCCUCCUGGACGCUUUGGACCCGACUGCAAAGAGUGUCCGUCGGGCCCCGGUGGUGUGUGUGGAGGUCUGGGCCGCUGCGAGGGCGAAGGGACUCGCUUGGGAGACGGAGAAUGCGUGUGUGAUCCCGGAUACUCGGGCCCUCUGUGUCACGACUGUGCCGACGGCUACUACAGAGACAAAAGUGGCAAUGGCAGCACUGGAACCUGUGCAGCCUGCUUCCACUCUUGUAAGAAAUGCUCGGGGCCGCAGGACUACAAAUGUCUGGACUGCAAAGCGGGCUGGAUGCUUCACGACAACAAGUGCGUGGACAUCGACGAGUGCGGAACGGAGCUCUCUCGUUGUCCUUCCAACACUUACUGUCACAACACGGACGGCUCUUAUGACUGCAGAGGGUGCGACCAGGCAUGUGUGGGCUGCAUGGGCAGCGGUCCUGCCCGCUGUAAGAAAUGCGCGCGAGGCUACAAAUUGAAAGGAGCCAAGUGUCUUGAUGUUGAUGAAUGUAGCGAACGUGCGAUCGCAUGCCCAGGACUCAACGAGGCUUGCAUCAACGAGGUGGGCUCCUUCCACUGCGACUGCGCUGACGGCUUCAUCAGAAGAGACAGCAUCUGCGUGGAGAAUAAGGCUCCCGCCGGCCCGGAGAAGGGACUGUUUGACGACAUGACGGAUGACGAGGUUCUGGUUCUGCAGCAGAUGUUCUUCGGCGUGGUGAUCUGCGCCCUGGCGACGCUGGCCGCCAAAGGCGACAUGGUUUUUACGGCCAUUUUCAUCGGGGGCGUGGCCGCUAUGGCCGGCUACUGGCUGACGGAGAAGGGAGACUACGUGUUGGACGGAUUCCUCAAGAGCCGCUAGGCGCACACGCGAGCGGGAACUGACAACAAGUCGCCUGAGGCUGCAAAUGCUCCUCGUACUCGUGUUGAGUUGGGAAGUCACUAGAAAGGGCUUUGGUGCAUUUUGUUUUCAUCAAUGGGAUGAUGCAGCAAAAACAAAAAGCUAUUGAAGGUGAAAUCAAAGUACGCUGCACUCAUUUGAAAGGAACUGAAAUGGUUCCCUACCUCGACAUUGUUGGGCGCAAGGGUGAUGGUGCCACGACCACGACUGAUUGUUCAAACCACUUACUGUAUCACAACCUCCACUGCAAAGUGACUGCUGAUUUUUAUUUAAUUUUUUUCCUGUAGCCACACAACUAUCAUGUGCACUUUUGUUCAAGCUCAUCACGACUCAAGCGGCAAUGCUUUUAUGUUUGACCCUUAGUGAUCGUGCAUGCCACUGAAAUGAAAAACGCGGCACUACAUGAAUUGUAUUUAUUUAUUUAUUUAUUUAUUUAUUUAUUUAGUGUCUUUGGCAUGGAAGACAGACGCAAGAUGGCAGCCACUCGGACUGUGUAGAGAGAUUUGCUGAGGUAAAGCCACAAUUAUGAUGAUGCAAGACCUUUUUGUUGCCUUUAAUUUAUUUGUAAAGUAUGGAGCCCCAGAUGUGGGGAGCAUUUUUAAAACGUGGCCAGAAUGUAGAUGUAACGCUUGCACAAAAUUUGAAUUUGUGCCCACGAAGUUGGUAUAAUGGGUGCACAAAAUACAAGUUAAUUUGAUCAUUACUGGAAAGACGGGUAGGGAAAUGGAGCACACCUUUAGGAACGUUAAGGUAGAAGUAGAGGGCGUUGCAUAUUGCACUUUCUAGUGAUGACUGUGCCGAAGUAAAGCAAUACGUAUUUACAAUACACAUUUUUAUUCAUACUUCCUGUCGACAUAUCCGCUGUUAUUUUCCAAGUCAACCGUCCGUCCGAUGUAACUUAUAUUGUCCGAGUGUGACGAGUUGUCAACAAUGAUCACAUUUGUGCAUGUUUGCUUUGCAGUAGCAAAUGUUUUUAUUCCUUAGUUAAUUCUGUGCUGGAUUGUCAAUAGACAUGUUUUCCUUUUACAUAAACACAACAGAAGCAAAUGUGGCUUUAUUGACAUGUAUUGGAUAAAUCAUAGCAAAAUGACACGAGGAAAGAUGUCACGGGAAUUGUCAAAAACAGCAGACUCCCACCUUCUGACAAGUUUGAUUUUGCUGCCAUAUUCCUGAUUAUCAUUCAUAUACACUACUCAGAAAAAAGUUAGGGAUCAGAUUCAGGAUUCACGUGAAAAUUCAGGAUAAACCCCGAAACGUAUUCCUAGAACCUUUACAAGUUAACUUUGACCUGAGCUGUAAACUUUUAAACUUGUGUGCCCUACUGUUUCUGUACUUUUUCCACAACUUGCUGUUUUAAAACAGGGGGCUGAAUGUCAAAAAUCACAACAGGUGUUCAGAAUCAGAAUCAGAAUCAUCUUUAUUUGCCAAGUAUGUCCAAAACACACAAGGAAUUUGUCUCCGGUAGUUGGAGCCGCUCUAGUACAACAGACAGUCAAUUUACAGAACACUUUGGAGACAUAAAGACAUUGACAAAAAAUCCAAUAGAGUGUCCAUCCAGAUAUUCAUCUGCCUUUCUGUGACUCUUCCAGUCCCUGAAUCUUUGUUGCAACCUGCAGAGAAACAGCAAGUGUUGCAAAAACUACUGAAACAUUCAACAGUUAGACAUUAAAAUGUUUGGAGAAGGUUCAUCCAACAGUCCAUUUCGCAAACGUUUUCGUGACGAGCAUAUUUACAGCUCUGAAAAUAUCGUAACUAUCAAUUAAGAGCAGUGGUUCUCAAACUUUGACACCAAAGAACCACCAUAAUGAGCAACAUUCAAAUGCAGUAGUUUAGCAGGCAUGAGUGUUUCACAAAAAUGAGAUGUUUUAUUCCUAAAAAGUAUUUGUUAUUAAUGCAGGCCGCUCUAACAUUAAAGCGCUUUGAACAUGAGCACCGCGCUUCCAUAUCCAUGCCUCCAUUUUUUUCUCCUCCUAUAUCAUGGCGCCCUAUUUGAGUGUCCCAGUCCAGUUGAUGGGGUUGAGGCGCAGCAUCUCCUUCUCCCUCAGGACCUCCUGGCAGCGCGUCAGUGUGCUGUCUCGCCACCUCUGCUCCAUCAGCUGCACAAACAAACAAACAAACAAACAAACGGCAGCACACGUGAAGGCUCCCGACCCUGCUGGCCACGUCUUUCAAGCUCAUUUCGAAUGUCACCCUCUUGUUGGCGUCUCUGUACGUUGCCAUCGCCUUGUCGUGUCGCUGCUUUCG